UACCCGCGUCGCGGCUUCGAAUCGGUAAAAGCCCUUUCUUUGGUUGCUGCUUCCUCCGCGACGAAGAAAGAAAUCCGAAGCCUCCGAUCGUGACCCUCUCCCCCUCCGGUCGCCAUGGAUCCAAGCUCCGUUCACCCCGACAAGGUGCGCUCCGAUCCUCCCUCCGACCCCGCCCCGCCCCCCAAGGUCGCCGCCGACGACCCCGCGCUGUCUCCGCCGCCGCCGAAGAACGUCACCUGGAGCACCGAUCUCACGCGGGAGGGCCAUCCCGCGGCGGCGGCGGCGGCGGCGGCGGAGUCGAAUCCCAACGUCAUUUCCUCCCCCGCCCAAUCCUCCGCGAAGAGCACGGUGGACACAGUGAAAAACGCACUCGCGAGAUGGGGCAAAAAAGUUGGGGAAACGACGAAGAAGGCGGAGGAUCUGUCGCGAAAUACUUGGCAACACUUGAAAACAGGACCUAGUUUUGCUGAAGCUGCAAUGGGAAGGAUUGCUCAAGGAACCAAAGUCAUAGCAGAAGGUGGCUAUGACAGGAUAUUUCAGCAAACAUUUGAAGCACUGCCGGAAGAGCAACUUAGGAAGUCUUUUGCAUGCUAUCUAUCAACAUCUGCUGGUCCUGUUAUGGGGAUUUUGUACUUAUCUACAGAGAAACUUGCGUUCUGUAGCGACAAUCCUCUUUCAUACAAAGAUGGAGAUAAAACAGAAUGGAGUUAUUAUAAGGUGGUGAUUCCUUUGAAUCAACUAAGGGUAGCUAAUCCCUCAAUAAGUAGAGCAAAUUCUGCUGAAAAGUAUAUCCAGAUCGUCUCUGUGGACAAUCACGAGUUUUGGUUCAUGGGUUUUCUAAACUACAACAGUGCUGUAGAGAGUCUUCAAGAGGCUUUGAUUAGUGCACGUGACUCGCAACCUUAGAGGACACCAGAAUCUCAACACAGGUCUUGUGACCCUUCGAGAUGCUGGUCUCCACGCCCUCAGUAUUUAUAUCGCAUGAUCAUAAUUCAAGCCUGGCUCUAUCGCAACCACUGGUAGAAUACACCUUAUACAUGGAUAUCUUCGACUUUUUGAUCACUUUGUUUCCGAGUUUAAAUUUUGCUCUACUAAACAAUACAUGUUUAUCUGUAGUUUGUGCAUUUCCCCCUAUCAUUUCUCGACUGCCGAACCAUUGCAGCAAUUUUAUCUCUUCGUUUUUCCAGUUUGUCCUGGCUGGGUUUGUUGUAUCUGUUGUUGUGCCUUACUGAUGUAAAAAUACUUUGAAUUUCUGAAUAAGAUCAGUCCAUUUUGAGGAGGAUAUUGUUCACAA